AAAAUCACUCUCAGCACUACCGGCCUUAUCUAGCCCCACGCAUCUCUUAUUUAGACCAUAUACUAAAGUUGCUCAUCCAGUUGCUUCCAUAAGGACUUUCUUCUUGCUCCACUCUUUGAAAAUAAAGCUAUAGCUUUGAAUAUAGUAACCACAAAACUUCCAGCUCCCAACAGAACCACAAAUUAAUAGGAAUAUAAUAUACCCAAUGAACCUCUAUUACUAUAUGCUCUUUCGCUUGGCAUUUUGAUUGUACAUCCAACCUUAAAACUUCCUUCAAUAUGUCUUCCAUUCUAGCUCAAAACCAUGCCAUUAGAUCCUCACAACAAGUCCUUUCGGGGACAUCAGAUAAAAUUGGAACGAUACAGAGAAGAUCAUCACAUCGAGUCAAGAACACCUCCCACCAUUUUCUCCUACCUGCACGAGUCUAUUGUAUCUCUUCCUCCUCCUCUUCGUCCAACUCUGCCACAAUCACCACCAAACCACCGCCCGUCACAGAACCAUUAACUUAUGACCCUCUCACUCCCAUCACAAAAACGGAGACUAGUACUACUACAACCACUAGUAGUACAAGAAGUGUACUCAACGACCCGAGUUUAAAGUCCACAUGGGCUCAUCGAGCAUGGAUGACCAGCGGGUGCACCACCGUGCUAAUUUCAUUAGCACGGUCUGCAACAGGGGCCAUCGACUCACAUUCAUGGGCCGGGCCCCUAAUAGCUGGGUGCAUUGGCUACGUCCUAUCGGACCUAGCUUCCGGAAUCUACCAUUGGGGAAUUGACAAUUACGGCAGUGCCAAAACACCUGUAUUCGGAAGCCAAAUCGACGCUUUCCAAGGUCACCAUAAAUGGCCAUGGACCAUAACAAGACGCGAAUUCGCUAACAAUUUACAUGCCUUGGCACGCGCGGUGACUUUCACUGUCCUCCCAAUCGACUUACUCUGCAAUGACGCGACUACUCUAGCCUUUGCAGGAGUUUUUUCAGGUUGCAUUAUGUUCAGCCAGCAGUUUCAUUCUUGGGCUCAUGGUACAAAAAGUAAGUUACCUUCAACCGUGUUAGCAUUACAAGAUGCUGGAAUACUUGUGUCAAGAUCACAACACGGCGCGCAUCAUCGCCCGCCUUAUAACAACAAUUACUGCAUUGUGAGUGGAUUAUGGAAUGAAUAUUUGGACAGAACUAAGGUAUUUGAGUUGCUGGAAAUGAUUUUCUUCUUUAAAUUUGGAGUUCGACCAAGGUCAUGGAGUGAACCAAAUUCAGAAUGGACUGAAGAAACUGAGACAAAAUCAAUUCCUGUUUCCCAUUGAGUUCAAUUAGUCUCUAUUGUUGUUUGCUUUUUUUUUUUUUUUUUUUCCCCUUCUCAUCUACAGUCUGUGAAUAAGAGUGGUACAGGAUUAUAUUGUUGUUUUUAAACUGGCUGAGAUGAGCUAAUAUAUAGUAUCAGUUAAUGUUACAAUUUCAAUUUAAAA